AUGUAUCGCCUCACGCAACUGCUCGCCCUCGGCGCCGCUGCCACGUCCCUCGCGGCGGCCGCCGACGGCGACAAGCCCAUGGUGACGAGCCUCCUGCUGCCGUACAACGACCCCAACGACUUUGUCGCCACCGUCCUCAACGUCGACGGCUCCGCCACCACGUUUGCCUACACCUGCGCGAGCAGCGUCAGCCCCGACGACUGCGGCAUGGAGACGCACGGCACCAUUGUCCAGGGCCCGUCGACCUGGCAAAUGUCGCUGUCGCAAAGCGACGAGGACAGCAUCUACGCCGUCACUGCCGCCUGCGCCCUUACCUCGUCCAAGAACGAGGCCAGCUGCAGCUUCUCCGAAACCCACUCCGACAGCGACGGCCAGGGCUCGAGCACCAAGACGGGCGUUGAGACGGGGUACAUCUCGGAGCUCAUGGCCGUCACGCUCGUGGCCGGCCUCGACAAGCUGACCGGCGGCGCCGUGCCGACCGCCACCACGGCCUCGUCCACAUCGGGCGCCAGCAGCUCCGGAGCCAAGAGCACCGGCGGCGCGUCGCAGUCUUCUUCCUCUUCUGGCGCCGCCUCUUCUUCCGCCAGUGGCUCCAAGACGGCCACGCCGAAUGCUGCUGCUCCUGCUGCCACCCAGCAGGCUUUUCUAGCUGGUGUGGCGGCGGUUGUUGGCGCUCUUGCGCUCUAA